AUGAACGAUUAUGUGUUAAUUCUUAAAUUCAAACAAAAAAAAUUUGAAAACUAAAAAAAAAUAAAUUGCUCUGUAGUAAUUUUUACAGAUGUCAUUAAAAAAUACAACUAAUUACAUUAUUAGCUAUUAAUUGGCAAUUCCAGAAGAAUCUAAAUUAUUUAUAGAAUAAAUAUGCAAAAGUUGCAAAUAAAUUGGAUACCAAGAACUGAGCGAAAUGAAAGAGUUUAAGAGUUAUAUAAUGAAAUUGCAUAGAGAAUUUUAGUCAAAAACCAACAAAAAGUAGAUAUCCUGAUGUGUGUCUGA